CCCGUCUCCAGACCUGAGUUGGGGUGGCACCACUCUCCGGACUCUCUGCUGGUAACCCUGACGGUCCUGGUCCCCCUCCCCAAACUAAACCACGCGUCUGACACUUUAAACGCUUGGUGCGAGAAUCGUCGAAACUCUGCAAUGGAUCAGCAUAAGUAUCGCACAGCGGGCGUCCAGGAGAAGCUGGAGAUCGUCGGGGUGGAGGACGAGGCCGGGAACCCCAUCAGCGCCCUGACUAUCCUGUCCCUGCUGGAGCGUGUGGCCGGCAUCAUCGACAACGUCCAGUCUGGCCAGCAGCGCAUGGAGGAGCGUCAGCUGGAGCUGGAGAACAACAUCAAGAGCAUCCAGGGCGACGUGAUGAAGCUGGCCAAGGAUCACGGCGACACCAGCGGCACGGUGGAGAAGCUCCUGCAGAAGACCCGCAAGGUCAGUGCCAACGUCAAGGAGGUCCGCUCCCGUGUGGAGAAGCAGAACGUACGAGUCAAAAAGGUCGAGUCUACGCAGGACGAGCUGCUGACGCGCAACAAGUUCCGAGUGGUCAUCUAUCAGGGGGAGACAGAGGUUCCAUCUGUUGCCGUCACUAAGUCUCCUAAAGGCAUUGGCCUGGAGGGGCUGGAGAUCGAACCCGACUCCUAUGACGCCCCCGCUGACCUCUCCUCCGACGAAGAGUACCUGAGUGUGGAGGAGACAGAGUCUUCUCGAGCCGCUCGCCUCAAGAAGUCAAUGGUGAAGAGCACGGAGACACUGAAGGCUGCUUUCUCCAAGGAGAACAUGAAUAAGACCAAAGACAACCUCGGCUCCAAGUUCCACAACCUGGGCGAGAAGGUCAUGCCUCCCGAGCGGCGCGAGAAGAUGCACCAGGCCGGUGAGCGGCUGAAGCAGUCGGGCGAGCGGCUAAAGGACAACAUUGCCAAGAAAGCUCCCAACAAAGAAACCUUUCGCAUCAAGCUGAAGAAGGAGAGGGUUGUCGCUGAAGGUCAGGAGGGCGCUGAAGGCGAAGCCGAGCCCCACGACCAGGCCAAGGAGGGAGACGAGCCACAGGCGCUGAGCCAGGGCAUCGCCUACACCGAGGUCACAACGGAAAGCAAGAGGGAGGGGCCAGUGGAGUAGGUCAGCGUCACCAGGAAGCAGGACACUUGACUGUGAUUGGUCUACAGCAAUGAAGGACAUUUAGUUAGCUUGAAUUAAACAGAAGAAGUGAAAGUGUUAUCACUUUAUGAACUGGUUAUUUAUUCAAUCUGUGACAUGAGUGAGUGAGUGAGUGAGUUAGUGAGGGCAAUAAUUCACCAAAACACCACCACUUUAAAGCUGCAGUGCGUAACUUUGUAAACAAAUCUUUGACGAAUGACUUCACACUCUCUUUCACUGUCCCUUGUGUCACCCAGCGACAUUCCCCCGCUGCGCACAGAAAGUGAUUUUCCCACUUAAGCUAGAGGUGGGAGAGUGCAGUUUGUCUCCGCCCGCCCCCUCUCUGCUGCUGCAUACACACAAACGCUCCCCCAGUCAGGUCUGACAGGAUUGUCUGUUUUCAGAUGAAGGAAAUAAAGACAUUUUGUCAAAGUGAGGACAUUUUGUCAAAGCAAGGAAAUUUUGUCAAAGCGAGGACAUUUUGUUAAAGUGAGGACAUUUUGUUAAAGCGAGGACAUUUAGUCAAAGCAAGGACAUUUUGUUAAAGCGAGGACAUUUUGUCAAAGCGAGGACAUCGCUUAUGUUCACAAUGGACAGGUUACUCACUGCAGUUUUAAGCUUCGUAAUUUAAGACUUGAGUCCAAAUUUCAGAGACGUGCGAUUGUUCAGAGGUUGUGUUGUAGUUGGUGAUCGGGGUCAAAGGUCACGCGAGGUUUAGGGUCUGACAGAGAAGAGAGGACAGACAUGUUGAUGUAAGGUUUGCGUCUCUUGUACAUAUGAAGGAGACUUCAGUCCAUGGAGGUCUCAGCUGGUUUCUGAGGAACUCGGACUCGACGUCAGACUGGAUUCUGAGAGCGGGAGAAAAAACAAACAAACAUGUAGACGUAGAAGAAGACGAGGUGAGAGUGAGACACAGCAGGACAAGGCUGCUGCACGUAGAAGCUACGGAAUUUAAAACCGAUGAGGAACACAGAGCGUGGUCGAGGGUUCUAAAAAUAUAAAGAUAAAUAUAAAUAAAAUUAACGUGCAUUCAUUGCAACUCUGGUCAGUUUUCUUUUGGCACUUUUGAACAGAACUCAAGAACUCAUGAUUUUACGAACACGACAUGUUUUUCGCUCCCAUGGUAAAGUUAGUUUUUCAUAGUUAAAGAGUUCAGGGUUCUAACCUCAGUAACAGCAUACGUGAUAUUCUCUAUAUAAAUAAGUCACCUGUACGUGUAAGCUACACCGUUCUGCCAGCAGGUGGCGCUAUACCCACAGGCCACUUCACCUCAAUUGGCGUGGCCACGCCCCUUGUUGAAUCUGUUAAUAUUAAUAUUAAUUGGCAUGUUUUUAUGUUGGUAAGAUAAAUGCACAAAGAAGGAAGCCAAAUUCAAAAUGGCUGACUUCCUGUUGAGUUGAGGUCUUGCUCCCUGUGGGCUUUUUUGUUUGUCUCGGUCUGCGACAUGUCCCCACCACGUUUUGUGAAAUUUGGUGCACCGGGCUUUACCUCUGGGUGCACUAAAAAAAGUGAUGAAAGCGCUAACGAUGAAAACACUAACAUUAAAAAUGCUAACGAUGAAGAUGAUAAAAACUCUAAAACAGGAUUCUCAAACUCAAAUGACCUGUGGGCCACUGACUGUCUCGUCUGGUCAGUUGGGGGCCAGUCAAGUAAAAAAAAACGAUUUUUGGGAAAAGCAACAGUUGCGGUGGACAUUAUGAGCUCAAAAUUACAUAUCAAUACAUAAUUACAUAUCGUAUUAAUUGCUUUUUUUAUAUAUACUCUUGCCUCGUGUGAGCUUUUCUGUCUUUUAUCCAUUAUUCUGUAUAGCACUUUGGUCCACUUUGUUUGUUUUGUGCUUUACAAAUAAAGUUGGAUAGGAUUGGAUAAUUUCAAAAUAUAAGAGCUUGUUGUAAUAUGCAACAAUAAAACAAAAACAUAUUUGUGAUGCAAAAUUAAUCUAUUGAUUUAAAAAUAAAAACAUAUAGAAAUAACUCGUUACAACUUGAUAUCGUUUGACGGGCCACAUGAAAUCGAUUGGAGGGCCACAUGUGGCCCCCAGGCCGCCAGUUUGAGACCCCUGCUCUAAACGGUGAAAACGCUAACAUUCAAAGCGGUGAUGAUGAAAACGUUGACGCUACUGUAAACAUCAGAAGGGCGGUGCUCAACAGUAACAAAUGAUAACUUAUUAUUAAAAUUUUAUAUGGUUCGUGAAAAUAGAGGAGUAACUUUUCAUGAAAGACUUUCAGUAUUAGCCCCAUCGUAACGCAAUGCUACGCUACUGUCAUUACUUUACACGACGAGUAACCACUCAAAUAUGACAAUGAAUUUACGAUCUAUGUACUCCGGUCUGGUGCAAAUUACAAGCUGCAAACUAGCUCGGAAAUUGCGACGUAAGUGGUGCGACCCAACCCUGAACUCUGUACAACUAAAAUGACAACGUAUUAACUCACCGAUCUUCCAUGGGCUCCGCCUCUUUUUGAAAGCCUAAACAGGUUGUAUGAACACAAAUUACUCAGCGCUGAUCUCGUAAUCGCAGUAAACAUGUCGCCAUGUGAUGGCGCCACUUUCACUUUACGUUCUGUUUUAUUCUGAAGGUCACGUCACACGAACAUUACUUUAACAGAUUUCAGAGAAUCCGAUCUUUGCUGCCAGAGGCUUUUUUUCUCUUUUUUUUGCACUGCUGCUUUUUAGUGUAUUUUUAUUAUUUAUUUAUACUUUAUUCUCCAGUUUUUGCGGCUUGUUAGUUUUAGGCGCAAAUCUUUUAAAUUUCUUUCUAUUCUGCCAUUUUAUGUUUAGCGCAGCAUCUUAUUGUGAAAGACACACUUCCAGCUUUGGUAACUUUCUGUAUCGUUGUUGCUGUUGGUGAGUGGA